CUCUCAGCGGCCCUGCCCAUGAGCCCAAACGAGAGGUAUCCUGGCCCAUUUAUUUAUUUCUUUCCGUUUUCUGAAACAUUGCAAUACCAAUUUGAUAUCAGCGAUUUUUAGCUGUGUGAAAGAGGCAACAUCGCAUCUUGCAACUACUACAAUUCGAUCAGUUUCUGACAGUAGUCGGUUCCGAACAUUGGAGCAGAUGUGCGUGUUCGCAUUGUAUCUGGCGUUAUAAAUGCGAGCAGAAAGUGUACUUACCUUUAAACUGUGAUACCCUUUCCCCAAGAUGGAUACGGGUGCAAAAACCACCAAAAAACGCAACCCCGCUGAAAAUGCCAACCCACUGUCUCAUCUCUUAUUUUUAUAUAUGUUUCCUAUCUUCAAAAAAACUUAUAAGUACAAAUUGACAGAAGAUGAUCUCUUUUCUCCAUUAAAAGAACACAAAUCUAGUUACUUAGGAUCAACAUUAGAAAGAUUAUGGAAAGAAGAAUAUAGGAUACACAAAAAGACUGCACUACAUAGGGCUUUAUUUAGGCUGUUUGGCCUUAGGUAUAUGAUAUUAGGAGUAAUAAGAUUAAUUGACGAGCUCAUGUUAAUAGUUAUAGUGCCUUACUGUAUACGAAUGCUAGUUAAAUUUUUGGAAGCUGGCCAGAUUCUAAUAACAAAAAAUGAGGCACUAAUAUAUGCUGCUGUCCUAGUUUUAACCCUUUUUUUAGAUGGUAUAAUACAACAACCCAAUUACAUGGGUUUGCAACAUAUCGCACAAAAGAUGAGAGUUGCAUGUACAUCAUUGAUAUAUAGGAAGACUUUGAGGUUUAGCAGAACAGCUCUAGGUAAUACUACUGUCGGUCAAUUAGUAAAUUUAAUAUCGAAUGAUGUCAGCAAGUUCGAUCAACUAUUUGGGUUAACUCAUUACGCGUGGAUUGGACCAAUCCAAGUGGCCGUAGGCACUUGGUUAUUAUAUAAAGAAAUUGGAGUUGGUGCAUUUUUUGGAAUGGCUUUCCUCAUUUCGUUUGUGCCACUUCAAAUUUGGCUUGCCAAAAAAAUGUCUGUGAUGCGAUUAAAAACAGCUCUGCGAACGGAUGAAAGAGUAAGACUUAUGAAUGAAAUUAUAUCCGGUAUACAAGUGAUAAAAAUGUACUGUUGGGAAAAACCUUUUGCCGAACUUAUUGAUUUAGCCAGGAGAUCAGAAAUGAAAGCAAUCCGAUCUCACUCAUGUCUUCUUGGAAUUUUGUAUUCCUUUGAAGUAUUCGUUUCAAGAACCGCCAUCUUUGUAAGUAUCUUAGGCUUCGUUCUUUUAGGCAACGAUAUAUCUGCUGACAAAGUAUUUGCCGUUACUGCUAUUUACAACCAAAUGAGAACAGUUAUUACAAUAAUAUUCUCUCUAAGUAUCUCAGCAUUCGCAGAAACUAACGUUUCUAUUUUGAGAAUACAGGAGUUAUUAGUUUUCGAAGAAAAAGAACAGGAUGAACCUGAAAAUAUAUUAAAUGGAAAUUGUUUAAAAUUUGAUGGUAUUAAAAAUGGAAUGAAUGGAAAUAAAAUACCUAGUAUAGAGAUGCAACCUAAGAUUAUAAAUCCAAAAGUUAUUUUGUCAGGAGUUUCCGCAAAAUGGCAAGAAGAUAAAACUGAUGAUAACUUUAUCAGAUAUAAGUAUUAAUGUUUCGUCAAAUAAGGUAUUAGCCAUCAUCGGACCAGUGGGCAGUGGGAAAAGUAGUAUUAUUAAUUUACUUCUAAAAGAACUGCCAGUAAAAUCAGGUAAAAUGGAGGUAGAAGGCAAAAUAUCUUACGCAUCUCAAGAAGCUUGGUUAUUCGCAGCUAGUGUAAAACAAAAUAUUUUAUUCGGUGAAGCUUACAAUGAAGAGCGGUAUCAAAAAGUGGUCGAAGUUUGUGCCUUAAAAUCAGACUUUGCUUUACUACCGUACGGCGACAAAACUUUAGUUGGUGAAAAAGGAAAAGCUCUAAGCGGUGGUCAAAAAGCUAGAGUAAAUCUAGCUAGAUGUGUUUAUAAACAGGCAGAUAUUUAUCUUUUAGAUGACCCCUUAUCAGCAGUAGACGCCAAUGUUGGCAAACAUCUGUAUGACAAAUGCAUUAAACAAUUUUUAUCUAACAAAAUAUGUAUAUUAGUAACCCAUCAACUGCAAUAUCUCAAAAGUGCUGGCCAGAUCAUAAUCAUGAAAGACGGUAGAAUAGAAAUGACCGGAAGUUAUACGGAACUAAAGAAAAGUGGUCUAGAUUUUGCUAAAAUUAUGGCAGAAUCUCAGCAAGAAGAUGAUGAAGAGAAACGAAUUAAGUCAAUUAAGUCAAAAACGUCAAUUUACGAUGAUUCAAUAGAAGACGAAGAAGAUCAAAUUAUAGAAAAAGAAAUGCAAGAAAAGGGAACAAUAAAAGCAACUACUUAUUACCAGUAUUUAAGAGCUGGAGGUGGAAUAAUGACGAUAUUAUUUCUGGGAUUCUUGUUUAUUCUUUGUCAAGCUGUUGCAAACGGCGGGGAAUAUUAUGUUACUUAUUGGUAAGUCU